AUGAUCGCGACUUUCAAUGCCAGUGAUUCGGCAGCAGAAGCAGAGUUGGGAGAUCUUCCGCCUCGUCCAGUGACCGUCCUCAACGUUGUCGACAGGGAAAUACCCGACUCUACUUGGCUGAAGGCGAAGAAAUCCCAAAUGCUUGCUGACGAUGAUGUCUUCAAUGAAGAAUUCUUCAAGUGUAUUAUUCUUUCCAAUGCAUUGCAGCUACCUACUGGAAUCUCUCGCAGCGAAGUUCGUCUGGAAGAUGGGUCUAAAUCAACUAUUCACGAAGUGAGAACAGGGGGAUCUGUGAGAAAUGGCCCGUACUUUGCCAUAGGCUCAGCUUUGUUUCAAGUUUUCAAGCUUUACGACGACCCGCAAGACGCCUUUAUGUUUGGUGUUCAAGUCGACGAGGAUCAGCCUGAGAGUUUUAUCCAAUACUUUGAAAGCGUUAUUCCAGUACCAUCUCGUUUAUAUUUCGAUCCACCAAAUCUCAAACAUCCACUCAGUGGCAAGCGCUUUGCCGUGAAGGACGUUUAUGACAUGAAAGGAGUCCCAACGAGUGCAUCGUGUCGAGAUUACCAAUCCUUUAUUGGCAAAGCUGAUGUGACGGCCGAAAUGAUUCUAAGAUUAACGCGUGCUGGGGCCGUAAUUGUGGGGAAAACAAAGACAGCUCAAUUUGCUUGCGGAGAAAAUGCCCCUGACUGGGUGGACUACUCUUGUCCCUUCAAUCCACGUGGCGAUGGGUACAUGGAUCCUGAUGGCAGCAGUACUGGAAGUGGUGCUGAAUUAGCUGCCUACGAGUGGCUUGAUCACAGUAUUGGAACAGACACACUUGGAAGUAUGGUUGGUCCCUCGGCAAGCAACGGAGUGUUCGGUAUUCGCCCAACACAUGGCAUUUCCAACUUGCAAGGCGUAUUCCCCGUUUCAAGGCUACUAGAUACCGCUGGUUGCUUCUCUCGAUCUAUAUCCGAUCUUAAAACAGUGGGACUAUCUUGGUACGAGGGGCAAAUAGAGAACCCUAGGUUUCAAUCACCUUUACGUGUACUGUAUGCGCCGGAGGAAUUCAACAAAUUUUCGGAACCAAAACGCCUGAUCAUGGAUGCGUUUAUUGAGGAUCUCGAAACGGUCCUGAAAAUUUCCAAGACGGAUUUCAGCAUUGCUUCGACCUGGGAUGAAGAAGCCCCUCCUUCUUGCACCAGGCCCAUCCAGAAAUUCCUCGCAACGACUCUUGCUCACAUCCAGCUGUACGAUUGUUAUCACAACAACGCAAAAUGGCGGAACUCAUUCAAGGAGACGCGCGGUCGUGAGCCGUAUGUGAAUCCUAUAGUCAGAUUCAAAUGGGGUCUAGGAGCAAAUCUCACACCACAAGACUACGAGAAAGCAUGUAGUGAAAGAGAGACUUAUCGUACCUUUCUGCGAGAGGAAGUAUUCAACGAGAGCACAGUUCUUGUACUCCCGUGCGGGUCACCUAUUCCCCGCUACAGAGAUGUUUAUGAUCGACCGCCAGCAGAGAGUGGUUACAACUUGCAAGGUUUUGGCUUCCUACGAGAUUUAUAUGGUUUUCUAGGAGGUCUUCCACUGUUGAUUAUUCCCGUUGGUCAGGCGCUAGUUGAGUCCUCUGUAACCAAAGAGAUGGUGUCUCAGCCAGUUUGUAUCUCUAUGGUUGGAGCACCAGGUACGGAUGGCCAACUGAUAAAUCUUGCAGAGCAUAUCAUUAAGGAAAGCGGAAGACCUUUGCAAGUCAAGGUUGGAAGGACACUUUUCGAAGUAUAA